AUGCGAAACGAUACAACCAGGCACACAGGGCCCGGGCAACGGCCGCAACCACCCAGCGAAUCCGGAGCGCCUCCUAAGGGCCGAGGCACCUGCGGACAUACAGCACCACACAAGAGACCGGCGGGGCUGCACCAAGCCCACACACAAGCACGAAGCGUUGAUGGCACGGACAACCGAGAUAACACACCACCAACACAGGAGACAAACGAGGGGCAAACUCCAAAAGCGACGCACGACGGGGCGAACAGCCCUGGGACACUCGGCAGCAGAGCGCAAGAGCGCAGCAGACGAGACUGCGGGCAAGGCACCAGGGGCCAGGCCGCCACAAUCGUAACGGCGACUCAACACCCAAACCAUAGGCCCAACCACAACGAAAGAAACCAGACAAACAGAAAACGACAGGAAAGGAAGCAAACCGGACGCGACACACAAACCGGAAGAGUACCAGGAAGACGACGACGGGGACGCGAAGAGGUCAGAGAAGCAAAUCAGAGACAUAAGAAAAAAGAAGAGCCAAACCCAAGGCAGGCACCAAACCCGCAACGAAGGUCCACCGAGCCAGGAGACAGGAACAAAGCGGGAAAAACCAACAGCGAAACGCGGAGAAAACGACAAAAAGACACGCGCAUCAACCAAGUCAAGACGCAUCAGCGAGGCGAAGGAGAACAACAAGCUGGCCGGCCGAGCGAAGACAGGCACGGGGAGACAGCAAAGAAGGGAGACACGAAGAAGAGCGGGGCACGCGGAGAGGACACUCCGCGGACGCCACACCGAAAACGGAACUCAAAAAAAGGAUACAGCCUGCAACGAAGCCCCCACGCGUACCCCACACAAGCGACACGACAGGGGCAGGAGACAAACCACCGAGACCACGACACACGCAGGGAGGAAGAAAUAUACGCCGGCCGAACGCCCACGACCGCGAGGGCCCACAGCACGCGCGCAGCACAAGCGCACAGGACGGGAGCCAGCAGAGCGAGAGGCACGCAAAAGAAACGAAACCCCGGACAAAACGCGAGGAACAAACACAACGGGUGGCCCCAAGAGGCAAAGCACGAAAACGCAAACGAGAGCAGGCCUCAUCACGCACCGCCAGUGCGUACGUAA